AUUGAAUCGCAUAUUACCACCUCAUCAUCGGCAGCACAGCAACACUCAGCUGAAAGCGUCGCAUUCAGCAUUGUGGUGCCCACAGAGGAUUUGGCGCCGUCGGCGAAAUGGGCACCAGAAACCGCAGCAAUGCAUGCGAUUGACUAUGAGAUGAGCGCACGGUUGGAUGCCGAAACGCGCAGGAGUGAGGAGUAUCGUUUCCAAUGUGAGCAACUUAAAGCUGAGAUUCAACAUCUACGGCAACAGUUCGAGCUGAAUUUACAAGACAAAGAGAGGAUUUAUCAGAAUCGUGAACGGGUAUGCCUAUGGCGAUUGCGUUCUAUCAAGAAAAUUGCACUGAAUCCUCCUGAAUUUUCCCAAAAAUGCCAAUUUGAAUCGCAUUUACCAACGGAUUGA